UAGGCCUAGAGUGGGCUUGCCACUGUCAGCAAGCUGCUGAACUAUAUUCUACUGGGUAGAAUAUCUCUCGCUUGAAAGACUCCAGUCGUCAUCUUUGCUAUAUUAUAUUCACCUUAUGGAAAAUACUAAAACUUUUGGAAGAUGAGCGAAACUUUCCGAGACAAACUCGAGCGUUCAAUCAGUUUGCCAAGAGUUCUAGAUGAUCAUGAUGUUGCAGCAGCAACACCUGUACCAGACAAUCACGAGGAAGCCCACCCAGGCCACCGGUACUUCACACCGCAGCCUGGCCGCAAGAAGCCUCAACCACCUCCAAGACCCGGUAUCAAACGAAGACAAUCCGAAAGCACCUUCACAAAGAUCCACGAAGAUAAGCAUGGUGCUACCGCAAUGGAAACAGACACCGAGGUGGAGUUGCAAGAAAACAGAGUUCCGAAUGGCCAUGUCGCGGAGGUGUCUUCCGAUCGAAAGAGACCCCUCUUACCGACGCUAAAAGUAGCCCCCACCUCAGAGCCUCUGAAGCCGGAGGGGUCUUCCGAUCGAAAGAGACCCCUCUUACCGACCCUGAAAGUAGCCCCCACCUCAGAGCCUCUGAAGCCGGUGCGAAAAGCUCCCGGUAAACCCCCUGGCCAUCGACGUCGUAAGUCAGACACUCAUGUACACGUUAUUGAACAGCUCAAGAAACAACAACGGUCACUUGAAAAACUAUCUGAUGAUUCGUCCCCACGGAAGCGCGGUUCCAAAGUAAUCAGAUCAGCGAGCAAUGCCUGCGACCUCUCCACUAAGUCAUCACCCGAUCAAGGCCAGGCUACCGUCCCUCGCUUCUUCACCCCGCAACCCACACGACGUAAAUUCAACCUGGCCACCGUUUCCCGAACCCCAUCAUUUAACGACCCACCUCCGCUUGGUCCAGUGCAACGUCUGGCUCUCAAGACCAAGAAACUGAGCUCACAUGGCAGCGUAGACUCAGACCAUUCUCCAACUCCCAGUCCACGUACCCCUGUCAGCCCUCUAUCAGCACCCACCUUUAAGCACAAGAAACAGGGCCGUAGGAAAAGCAAUUCGGAUUCGGGUCACAACUCUGAUCAUUCCUCAUCGCCGAGCCCUCACACCCCAGUCGGCCCUCUAACAGCCCCGUUCAAGUCCAAGAGCUUUGGCCCCCAAAACAGCAGUGAUUCCGGGAACAGUUCCAGCUACUCUUCGUCUCCGAGCCCCAACACCCCGGUUAGUCCUCUUGCAGCCCCGGCUUUCAGUGGGAGGAUGAGGCAAAGUGUCAGACCAGCUCCGGUGGUUCCAGACCCACAAUUUAAAGGAAUCGACUUCAGUCAAUGGAAGGGUUCCGAUAGUGAAAAGCAAUGGACUAAACCGGAACGGUCAAAUUUAGAUUCCGUGGUUUUGAGAAACAGACCGACCAGCAUGCCUGACAAAAUCCGCCGGGUCAGUCGAGGAUCCGUCAACAAGUCCAAACAGCGACAGUCCGGAGUUAGGCAACUAUCGGCCCGGCAACAGGCCGCCGUUGGAACGCCAUCUUCCCCCGCCAUCACGCGCGCCAAGUCCGCUCGGAGCCGCCAUCAAAGCGCCCCGGCGGGUCGGGUGGCGUUUGCUCUCAAGCACGACCCGAUGUUCCCUGUCAAGAGCCCUACCGGGGAGGAAGUCUCCCUCGCCAGCAGCCUAUCUAACGGUGGACUAAGACGUAAGGGUAACACGGGCAGUCUCCGGAAGGAUGUUUUACGCUCAGUGAGCAUGGAGAGAUCGAGGAAGAUGUCACUUCAACUUUCUCCCAUUGAUGAGAAAGCUGGAAUUAAGGAAUUACUCCGGGAGCAAAUUACUCCACUUGGGAAGGCAGAUGAAAAGUUAAAGACGGAAGCAUUUCAGAGCAAGUAUGGAGAAGACGAACCAGAUAUUGGUCGGUUGUCACAAAAUGGUGGAAGUAAACCAUCUUUGCGAAGAUUUGUAUCGAACAACGGUAGCACGUACAGUGAUUACCCAUCGACGUUUUCAACACCCACCCCCAGCCGGCACGAGCGACCCAGAUUACGGCGUGCUCGAAGCUCUAGAGGGUCCGUGGGAUCGUUAUCAAGGAGCAUGCUUGCCAGUAAAGAGUUUUUAGGUGAUAUCUUCCUAAGCCACCGCAGUGAGCAUAAGCUGCUAAAGCGUUUCGUUGGUUUCCUGACUGGUCUCAUACUUGGUGGAGCUCUAUUCCUUGGUCUUCUGUACGGACUAGAGUAUAGUCUAAAUGCUUCAAUAGUCAUAGCCUCUGUUAGUACUCUACUAAUGUGUCUCAGCUUGGCACUAACUGUGAGAGCUCGUUGUGUGGCGUCAUUGAUGAUACCAGUGUUAUGUACAUCGAGAGGUCGGGCAGCAUUUCUUGCUAUCAUAGUUGCAUUACUUCUCAGUGGACCCAUUGAUAACAUUUAUAAGAAUGCAAAUGUUGCAUCUGAAUCAAUGAGCUGCAGUGCAGAGCUAGCUCAGAACCAGACGAAACUCAUCAAACAGACUGCUGAAGAAGUAUUUGAUGCAUACAUUGAAAAUCUCGUUAAGAGUAUCGGCAAACUGCAAGAAGCCGCUUCGAAGGUCCGAGAAGCGUUUUUACCAAUAGAGCGUGCUUUUAGAGGACUCACAGAGGGCCUAGGUGCUGCAGGUGAUGCUUUAAGUUCAGCGGCCGAUGCAUGCAAUGAGAUAAUCGAUGGAGCUUACAUGGAUUGUACUGGUAGUAUAAACCAUGCCUACAAGGAGUGCAAGAAGGCAUUGGGGAGCGCUAAUAUAGGAACUGCUAGAAUCGAUCAACUAUGCGAUGUACUUAAAUUUGGAGACAAGGUCUGUGGGCUCAUUAGUAACACGGAUGGUAUUUGCAGUACUCCUACUUUCUUGGAUGACGUGAUCAAGAAAGCCUUCGAUGCUACUCAAAGAGCUCUAGAUGAUAUCCACCAAGCCUUUGAGGUCGAUGUCGACUUCACAGCCUACUGGGCUGCUCGAGCAAAUCAAAGCCAGUCAUUCGACUCAAUCCAAGAUGCAAUUGAACAGGAGCUGGUAGAUUCGGUGAACUUCUUCAACUCUGCCUUCUCGGUGGUGGAUAAGAUCAUAGCAUUGUCCGUCUUAUUCCUCCUCUUCAGGUCGUACCAGUACCACAGCAAGUAUCGCACCAAGGAUAGAUUUGACAACUACUAUGUGACAAGUGACUUCAAGCUCAUUGAUGAUAAUAGAAGGAAACAUGGUAAAGAGCCGCUCUUACCCUUGAAGAAGUCAGAGCGUCGCCGUCUGAUUGAUCUCACAUCGUUCGGGCUUAGUAAGCCCGAAAAGGGGUUGUUUAGAAUGGGUCUCACAAACCUACUCCUUCAUGUAGUUAUUGCGGGUUUGCUGAUUUUAGCAGAUUAUGGUCUAGUCUGGUUACUUGCUCUUAUCAAUCGACAUGGGAAGGUUAAGUUCAACUUGACUGGUGGUGGAGGUGCUGAUCUCACUAUCGGUGGUUCGGGCUUCUUGUCUGAUCUAAUCAGGACUUUCUUCUCAGAGGGAUUCGAAGCUGCGAAUGCCUUUAAUAUCACUGUUGACACUGAGCAAUGUCUUCCUAAUCCAAUACUUCCAAAUAACAACAUUUCAAUAGGAGUUGCCGUGUUGUACUUCAUAGCCCUUCUCAUGGUCCUAUCCCAGGCAUACGCUCUCAGACUGCGAAGAGGUAUUGCUUCUUAUUUCUACCCAGAACGAGAACAAGAGCGUAUUUAUUAUCUGUAUAACAACACCCUGCAAAAACGCCAAUCGCUGUUUAAGCUGCUGAAGGAAAAGAUCAAGCAGUCGAAGCGGCAGAUAGAUACCGAGCAGAAGAUUAGUUUUAGGGCGUACUUAUCAGCCAAGUACCCGUGCUGGAGGAAGAUCUUCCGGUACUUUGGCAUGAAGAGGAAGAUUUGUUUGGGAUGCGCUGAUGUAGAUAACGGCCAUUUUAUGUCUUGUGGUAACCCUGAUUGCCAUGGUAACUACUGCCGAGAGUGUUUACAUGAGAUUGGAAACACGUGUACGCUCUGCAAGGAGAUUGUCAUAGGCAGUGAUCUAUCCAUUGGUGUUGUUGAACACAGAGUUUGAGGAUACUGCGAAUUUUAAAGGAACACGUUGCCUUGGAUCGGACGAGUUGGUCUUUGAAAAGUGUUUGAAACCGUUU